AUGGCCGCGGCCGCCGGCUGUAACUGCCCGUGCGGCCGCUCUGCACGCCCGGAGGCUGGUCUCUAUGGCCUUGUCGGGGCGCUCCUCGCGCAGGUGCAGUGCCGCCAUGGCGGCCAGCUGCACAGCUGCGCGCGUGAUGGCGCGCGGGACCCGCGGGGCGCGCGGCACCAGGUCAUAGAGGAGCAGGCGGGCUCGGGGGGCGCAUGGCUGGGGGCAGAGCGGUUAUGGGGGGAACAGGCGUGGGGCUGCAUGUGCCUGAGGACGGAGGAGGUGGGCGAGUGCGGGGCGUGCGAGGGCAAGCGUGGGGGUGCGCAGAUGAGUGCACAGUGGCUGUGGGGGCGGCCGCUGAGCUCCGAAGAGACGCUGAGGCUGCUGGAGGCCUCCGUGGUACACCGGGAAGGAGCUCUGCUGGCGCUGAACAAGCCUCCCGGUCUGCCCAUCCUGGGGCUUUCUGGGGAGUUAAGCCUGUCGAUGCUGCUGCCAUCACUCAGGCGACGCCUGGGCCUCACUGCCGAGCUCCACGUGGUGAAGGCCCCCACCAGGGAGUGUUCUGGCCUUGUCCUCCUAUCCAGCUGCCACCGUGUCACUGAGCAGCUCCAGCAGUUCUUCUCUAAUGCUCGCCAGAGAGGCCAGCACCCUGCCACGUACCAUGCUGUCACUGUGGGAGUCCCAGCAGAGGCAGAGGGUAAGAUCCGCACUGGACUGCGCUGGCAGCAGCAAGGUGACACUGCCAUGGUGGUGCCAGUGCCAGUCCCAGGGCCUCGCAGCCUGGCCAGGAAGGAGGUGAAGAGCACCCUGACAUACUACCGAGUGCUGGGUGCUGCGGGGGGCUGUGCCCUCCUCCAGCUCCAGCCCAAGACAGCCUUCCCAGAGCAGCUCCUGGUGCACCUGACACUGCUGCUUUGUCCGGCCCUGGGUGACCAUCAGUACUCAUCCCGUGUGGGCAGGGUGCUGGGGGUGCCCUUCCUUCUGCCACCUGAGGCCUCCCCAGCCCGCACACAGGUGCUGGAUGAGGAGCUGCUGGGCAGGCUUGGGCUCUCCCCACAUCAGCUCCGUCAUCUCCCAGUCCACCUUCACCUGCAGCAGCUGGUGCUGCCCCAGGGCCCACUCCAUGCCACCCCCCCGCCCCACUUCUUGCACACCCUGCACUGCCUGGGGCUGCCUGGGUAUAAGGAGCCUUAG